GCAACUUCAAAUUGCAGCCCGGGCACUGAAGCCCGCAAUUGCACUCUUUGGCGGUUAGACCCCUCUCCUAUAACCAUGGCUAUUGGAACUCGUUUUCUUCAAUCGCCCUUAUUACACCACCCCGUUGGUAGCAAGCUUGGCGGCAGCAUCACGUGCCCCUAAUAACAGUUCGUUAGCACACGUCGUCUUGGCUCGUCAGCAAGCCGUGUCUGCCUGGCAUGCCACGCGGCUCACCGAGUAGGCCGCAGCACCUCCCGAGGCAGCAAUGUCAGUGAAAACGCCUAUUUUUUCGACAAUCUAAGUUGGUCCCGGCGCUUCCUUCUGCAUCGAUCUCCGUUUUUCGACAUAAUUAUCUCCAUUUCAAUGACAAUAUGCCGGGCCGAAUCCUCACCGAGAUCGCUAUGGAGGAGGGAAACCUCAUUGCCGAGCGCAUUGCCAUCCACAUUGACCUGGCGGGUCGCGAUACCGCAGCCGAGAAUAGCAUUGCACCAGAAUUUCAGGUCCGGGAUCCGGCGACCGGCCACGGCCGUCUUCCGCAGACCGAAGCGACAGGCGGAAACGGGGUCUCGGUCGCAUCCGACCAAUCCGCAACGGCCCCAACGCCUGAUCCAGCCCUAGCCAUUGCCAAUGCGGAGGAAAGCCACGCAGAACCAGCCCCUCCCGCCACGGCCGCCGCAGUCCCACCCACACCACCCAUAACAGGUCAUCGGAGCGAGCCGUGGCUGCGCUAUGCGCGUGUUCUCUACGACUUCGACGCCACUUUCGAGAACGAGCUCAGCGUCGUGGCUAGCGAAAUCGUCGCCAUCGUGGAGAAGGAGAUGAACGGCUGGUGGCUUGUUGAAAACACGGCGUUUAAAUGCGCCUGGGUCCCCAUGACCUAUCUCGAGGAGCUGCCCGCCGAAGCUAUUUCCCGCCCUUCCCAUACCGCUCAAGCCCAGGUAGCAUGAGAACAGACAGCAUCCUUAUCGGAUUGGGAGCAGCACAUGCGGGAAAGGACGGAACGUUGUCACAGAAAGAAAGAGAAGGACACUUGGAGCGGGCGGCA